UGCUAUCGAGAACUAUAUUAUAUGUACCGCUCACGAUGACAGCGCCAGCCAGUGCUCUGUUCAGUUUGUGCAAAUUGCUCGUAUAAUUUGACGCUAGUUGUGCGUGUACUAAGUAAUAUUAAAUCAGUAUAUUCCCGCGGGUACCUGCUAUGAUUGAUUUUGUGUAAUACACUUAUGUUUGACGUGCUACUACCUUUAAAUUUAGUGCAUAACCAUCGAGCUACACAUUAGUGUUACAGUUACAGCUACCUAAAUCAUCGAUUAGAUAUAAAAAAGUUGACCUGAUACGUCCCUUCUGGCUUUGAUAGUGGUAAUUUCUCAUAUUCGGAUAAAAACAUGCGAUAUGUUUAUUAUAACAAUUUAUCCUCGUUCAGAUUAUACAAGAACUUGAUUCAGUUAAAAAUUGCUAUUAAGUAAUUUAAAUUGUAGUUAAAAAUAAAUAUACAAAUGCGGAUAAUUGUUUGUUGAUAAAUUUGUUACCGGCUAUUUGUUCAGAAUGCCAUCGUAUAGUCAAAAAAUUAAUGUAGAUCUAAAUUCUAAUGAGAAUGGUGCUAUAAAGACGGAUGAUAAAAGCAAAAAAGAAGAAGAAAUAAAAUAUGCUUCAAGUGAGCAUAUUUCAAAUAGUGCACCAGUGGGACUCAGUCCGAAUCAAAUAAUAGCAUUUGCUCUUAGAGACUUUCUUGGAUCUUCAAGUACAGUGGUUUGUGAUGAGAGCAACGAGGGCGAACAGCCUUCACCAUCUAGUCUCGGACAGACUCUUCCAUAUAUCGAUGAACAUGUAGAUGACGCCACGCAGUCUGAGGAGGAGCAGCCGUUGGCGCGAGAUACUGACGAGGUACUAAAUAACGCUGCGUGCCGACUGAGGCGGUGGAAAGCAGCGUCUCGGAAGCUCCGUCGGCCGCGAAUCAUAGACAAUUUGUGUGUUAAUGACGAAAAAGAAGGUGGUGUUAGUAAAACAAAUAAUAGUGGUCACACGGAUUUGGCGGAUCGGUUACGUAGUUUAGCUGCGGCCGGCAGCAUGUCGGCGUCAGCUGGCGAGUUGCUGUCACUGGCACCGCCCCCGCCGGCUGCUACGGCGCCACCUUCACCUGGCUGCCUUCUCUCGCCGUCACUUGCAGACCAAAGCUCCUCAGAGUAUUUUGGUUCAAGUCCAGAAUGCUGUACAGAUAGCAUUGGUUUAGAAAAUUCACAAGGAACGCCUGUUCCACCUCCAGGACCUCGGUAUAAAUUAGCGACCGAGGGUACUCUGAGGGUAUGCUGCUUUCAACACACGAGGACAGUGGUAGUCAAAAUCCUAGCUGCCAAAUUCCUUAGAAGAUGGGAGACACACGUACUAUGUUUACAAGAAGAACACAUUGUCUCUAAAACGCCUUCCGGUUUACUAGAACAACCUUUAUCGUACAGCUGUAUGCAAGAGGUAUACUGUAUAUCACGCUGGGAUUCUGCGAGAAAGUACUGCUUAAGAAUUGUUAUGCCUCUUGGAUCUCUACUUCUACAGGCAAAUGACGCAUAUACGAGGGACCAAUGGUACCAUUCUAUUGUGUGGAGGAGAAAUAUUAUAAGAUACAAGAAAUUUCUUACCAAGACCAUAAGGAAGGAAGUAGUCAUGAAAGAAUUAAAGAACAUGGUGGAUUUCGUCAUGACCACUCCUUUGCAAGAUGAAAGUGUGACGCGUGACCCUCUUCAGAUACUCACCAGCUUAUUAUCAGAGAAAAAAGACAGUCCUGAUUGGGAAGAAUGGGCAGAAAGCGCAACAAGCGUCGCUGCCCCCUUAUUAGCGGAACGAUGUGCAUCAGGAGAGCUUUGCGCCCUGCUGGCUCGCCUGUGCAGAAGGAGACCACGCGCCGCCCCGCUGCCCGCUCUCGCUCCACCUGUGCGCCGUGUCCUCACCCGGAAUGUGGACUUUGCGAGGGCACCAAAUGCUCGUCAACUAGUCAAAGAUUACAUCAGCGCUUUGAGUGCGCACAACUCGGGCACGGCGCUCGUGCGCCGGUUCGUGGAGGUGACGCACGGCGGCCGCGCCGCGUGCCCGCACCCGCGCGCCGCGCCCAACCUCGCCGCCGUCGCACUCGCCGCGCUCGACGAGCACUACCGCCACUCGAAGCUGCCUCAUCAGUGCGAUGACAGCGAAGAUGAAGUCCUCUGCUUUGCUGACAUUUUGGAACAUAUGUGUGAAUAUGAAGAUUGGUUAGUCGUAGUAGGUGCUGUACUCCAGCCUGUGCCUUUAUGUGUGGGGGCGAUGAGUUGCCCGCGUGUCGCCCAGCGGCUGGGCAAAGUAUUGGGAGCGCUGUCUCGGGACCAGCGGUGCGCCGCUCAUGCCUGCGUGGCGCCAGCACGCGCCGCUAGAUCAUCACCACCUUCCUGGCUGAGGGCCGCAGCACCCUCAGAUCCAUUGUUAGCGCUGCCACAGCGACAAUUAUGUCAGCUCUGGGGGUCUAUGAUCGGCAGUUUAUUGCAUUGCUGUUGUAAAAGAAAAAGUUUUCUGCAGAGUCUUAGCAAACAAUUGCCAGAUUUCGUUAUAGUUGCUUUAACAGAGAAUGCAUCUGCAUUGGAAGCUUUAUGUCUAAUGCUAGAAUGGGAAGUAGCCAGCGGAGAGCAAACACAACUAGAAAUAAUAGCUGCAUUACAAGGAACUGAACUUGGACAAAAAUAUUACAAAGAUCUUUGUGAAAGACAACAAAACCUUCAGAGACUGCAAGCGGAGGGUGGUCCCAGGCGCUUGGCACUGCCGGUGCGCGCGACGGAUGCGGACGUAGCAGCGCUGCUGGAGGCGGGUGCGCUCGGCAACCUCGAGUGCCUCUCGCUUGCUUUCACCAGCGUCACCAGCGCCUGCGCACACCACCUCAUCAAGUUGCCUUCCCUCCGCUAUCUAAACUUAUGGGCGACAAAAUUCGGUGACAGUGGAGUACAAUUGAUCGCGGAACAUCUACCACGUCUCCAGGUCCUCAACCUCUGCGAAACGCCUGUAUCUGAUAAGGGAAUUGAAGCGUUAUCAGGCUUAUCAAAUCUUAGGCGGCUAAAUCUAAAUAGCACCAAGUUGUCAGCAGAAGCUUUCCAAAUACUCCGCCAAAGGCUGCCGCACCUGCAGGAGUACGACAUUCGUUACACAGAGGCAUGGUGACAACAGAAGCCGAUCCACCUAACCUCCUCCUCUAGCAUAUAAUUUGUUCACGCACGAUCUCAAGAAGAAUCCUCCUAGAGAUAAUGUUUAUUUAAACAUUUACCCCCUUAUUUAUAAAAACGCCAAACCUUUACCUUGAAUGAUUGUUAUAGGUAUGCACAAAAAUAAUAUUAAUUCGAGUAGAAGACGGCGAAAUACUCGCCCUCUGCUACGUUAGAUUUUAAUACGGGCAUGCCUAAUGGUAUGUUUACCACGACGGCAACAAUAGACAAAUUUUCCUGACUACCCCAUUAAGAAUUAAAAUCGUGAGCGUAUAUUUUUAAUAUUAUUCUUUUAUCUAAUAAAUGUAGUAUUUUUCGUUAUAGAGUUGAAAGAUAGUGACAAAACAGAUUAAUAGUAAAAUUAAGUUUUUGAAGGUUUUUUUACAUUUUUAUAAAUAAGGUGGUUAGUGUUGUCUAUGCACUGAAUCCAGUAAAUAAUUCUGACCGUGUUUAUUCAAUUGAUAAGCCUAAAAUCCUACAUAUACAAAGUUGAUUAAACACGGUCCACAUUAUAGUAAAAUUGGUUAAUAGACAUAAGAAUUUCUGCCACAAAAAAGUUCUGUACGUUUGUGUCGUCUUUUAAAAUAAGACCUUAUUUGAGAUCCAUUUGUCUGGCCCGUUGAUGAUUGUUCUGGUGUUCUUAGAUUAUAAGUAAUUAUCUAAAAUAUUCGAAUUUAACUACGAUAAUGAUUUAGUUAAUUUUAUUUACGCCAGAAAUCCUACACACAGAUCUUAUUAAUCUAAUUAUUAUAUUGCAACUUUCUGAGAUUCCAUUAAUUUGCUGGUAGGUACUACUAUAAGAAAAUAUUUAACAACUAACCUAAUUCCAAAAAUAAUAAAUACAUAAACAUAUUUGGCCUAGUACCUAUGUUUCCGUAACUGUUUACAAAACAAUCUUUUUCAAAUUAUUAUUACCUAGUAUUUAUUAGUACCUAGGUAUUAUCUGAUUAUUCUAGUAGUAACUACCAGACGAUAUAAUUGUGGUUUGAGAUUUGAGAUGAACACCGCUUAGCGAUGUAUUUACAUUAUAAUAUUAACUUAUUUAUUUAAUAUUCUUAGAUAGGAUGUACAAACGAUAGGUAGUUAUAAAUGUUAUUUAAAAUAAAACUAUCUACGCUUAAACUUUAGUAUUGUUAUUUUUAGGAAUAUUUAUAAGGUUACCUACGUUUUUGGGCUGUGAGAAAAAGAACCAACUUGAGUGUGUGAACAUUGUGGAAAGUUUGGCUCUCAUAAAAUGUUGCCGCUGAUAUAAUUUUUAUUAUUCCCCUAGAAUAUUUUGUGUAAUAUAUUAAUUAUCUAGCAAUAGAAUUAUAAAAUACAAUUGUUGAAAAUUUUUACAUUGGCUCACUUCAGUAGAGACCUAUCAUAUUCACUACUAGUCUUUUUUUUUAUAUUACACUCUUUGUUAAAAGAUUUGGCAGUCAGCAACAGUUAUUGAAUGUGCCUACACCUAUCUUAGUAUGUAUGUACUGUUUCUAGAUAAUUCUGAGGCUCGGAUCGUAAUUUUAAUCUUGGACAAUAUACCAAAUAGUAAAUGUUGCACAACUAUGACAUGUAUGUAAUGAGAACUGAAAUUAAUGUUAUUGAAAUUAUUUAGUGUCAUAAAGAGGUAUAAGACUUAUCCACUAUGUGAAGCGUGCAAGUUUAUAAUAAAAUCAAUUUUUAAAAUGUG